AUGGAGCAGAUCAAGGAGAAGCAAAAAGGUUAUGAGAUGCUUGUAAAGCAAGAAGCUCUUAUUCAAAAGGAUGGCAACAAUGAUUUUUCUAUAUCUAGUGGGGGAAUGAUGUGUUACAAGGACAGGAUAUGUGUGCCCGAUGAAAAUAAGAUUAAGGGUAGUAUCAUGAAGGAGGCGAACAGUACACCUUAUUACCUACAUCCUGGGUCUAACAAGAUGUAUAACAACCCAAAGACAUUGUAUUGGUGGCCAGGAAUGAAGAAGGACAUAGCUGAAUAUGUUGCCAAAUGCCUGAGUUGUCAGAAAGUUAAGAGUCGCUACCUACCGUUAAUGGAGUUUUCUUAUAACAAUAGUUACCAGUCGACUAUUAGGAUAGUACCCUACGCGAUGCUUUAUGGAUGGAAGUGCAUGUCACCUCUUCAUUGGGAUGAGGUAGAUGAAAAGCAGAUACUAGGUCCUAGAAAAGUUGGGGAAGCUAGUGAGGCUGUAGAGAGAAUUACGAAAAAGAUGCUAACUGCCCAUAGUAGACCGAAAAGCUAUGCAGAUCCCCACACCCCUCGAAACACAGUCUAUCUCACUUUCAACAACCCAAAUAUUUUUCCUAAGGGCGGUUAA